AUGGCAAAACUCCGCGGCCGGUCUGGUGCUUGCACCACAUGCUUGCGUCGUCGCAAAGGAUGCGAUCAACAACGUCCAGCUUGCAGCCAGUGUCGCAAAGCAUGCAUAGCGUGCGAGGGCUAUCCAGACCGAUCCAGUCUAUCUUUCGUCGAUGCAACCCAAACAACCAUCAAGCGGGCGAAUACUGUUCAUCAUCAUCGAGCGCCUCGAAAGAAGCCCACGGCGUCUCCGGUUAGACAUGCGUGGGCCAUGGCUUCCAAUGAUACUUUGGCAGUGAAAGCAACUGAGACGGGGCAUGUUGAUCUUUUCUGGCGUCAAUAUCUGCCGAAUGGACGAGAGAUCCCGUGCGAUGUUGCGCAUAGUAUCACCGGGGGUUGGGUUCACGCGGUCCAAUCCCUUUACCGAUCCGAAGACUCUGUACUACGUGGUAUCUUAUUAGCACUGGCACUGGCAACCAGGGGAUGUUGGGAGGACAUGCCGAGCGCUCGAGAACUUGGGUUGCGCCUAUACAAUGACGCCUUGGCAGAGGCGUCGGCCGUGUUCCAAUUGCCCAAGAGAGCUAAGAGCAAUAGCUUUUUAGCUGCUGUCCGUCUCUUCACCUUGUAUGAGUCUCAUUAUGGGGCGCAGUUCAACUUGGAAGGCCCAAACAGCUCAAGUUUUGGUUCGCUGACGCAAGCUGAGAAUUGGCUGACGCACAUCAAGGGGGACAUGUCUUUGAUGAUUGCACGUUCGCCGUCGUCGUUUAUUGAGGGAGAUGCUCACCGGUUAUUUGUAGAUGGUAGGUUUCACUUGAUCUUUUCGGCCUUGGCCGCUAGGAAGCCUACGCCACUCGCUUCACCAGAGUGGCUAACUGUACCCUGGACGAAACACAGCAAAACAUCUCGAGACCUUCUGUUGGAUAUUUUGGCUAGCCUCACUGAGAUUAUCAGUGAGACCGAUGAUCUGGGGCUUUGUCUUACAACAGAUACGCCCGGGGUCGAUGACAAGUUGAGCAGCAUUGCCUCUGCAUGUCAGUUGAUUGAUAAGAGGCUUGCCGCGUGGGAGUUGGAAUUUGCACCGGAAGCAAUACGUCGGCUCGCCAUCAGGUCGUCAGACCUAGAUGCUCACCUGUCUAACGCAACAGCACCAACUCUCACAUUUCAUGAGCUGGCAGCUACGCAUUUGAUGACGCUAUUCUGGGCUACUUGCCUUGCGCUGGCUCAAGUUCAACAGGAUUUCUACAAUAUUACGAGAGAGGAAAAUACAUCACGAAACGGAUAUCUCACGGAUGCCCGACCGUGUUUCAAGAAUCUAAUGGCCACCUUACCCAUAUUGUUCGAACCAGCUGUUGGCCUAUACCGCAUGCAUGUUGCCUCUGCACCUACACACAUUGCCGUUCGGCAUUUGCACUAUCUUCCUGAUGAAGUCGACCGACAAGAAGCACAGGUGAUCUUGAGAAAAUGUCUUGGUGCGCCAGGAAGCAAAAACUUGCGAGUGAUGGUUAGAAGCCUCUUGCAGAAAUGCCCGACAGAUGCUAAGCUUAUCUCAGUUGUCGAAGGCUUGGGGUAG